CAAAGAUUCGAUUCCGCUUCUUCCGCUUGCUUCCAACCAUCAAGCCAAGAUCUUUUGUGGCGAUCUUUCGGAGUCCAAUAGCUCAUUAUCUUUGACUACCGUUUCCAAUAUUUGGGGGUACGUCAUAGAUCUGGCCUCACAAAUUUUUGACAGGUGUCAAACCAACCCAAGCAAGAGGGUAUCCUGAUCUUUGAUACCAUCAUCCAUCAUCCUCCACUUUGCUCAUCAAGGUACACACUUUAUUGCCAGCUCUAGCUAGACCAAAUAACUGCGAACCACAAGCCAAAUAAUGAUGAUGACUCUCCGUGUUGCCACUGGGUUGCUUUGUUUGCUCAGCGUCGCGGCGUUCGCGCCUCGAUCUCUGGCCCCCAAGCCUUCGGCCCUGUCGUCUUGCGCCAAAAAUGAGAAUGACACACUCUGGAAUGUCAUUGCCAAGUCGUUGGCCAUUGGAAUGAUUGCGGGAUCGACAAUGCUGGGAGGUGGCCCACUUCCAACCGUAACGCCACCGGUGGCGUCGGCCGCAGAGAGUAGGAUUAUUGGGGAACUCAAAGGCAGUGGAUUGGUGUUCAAGGAUACCCUGGAGAUUGAGUCCUUUGAAGAUCCCAAAGUAAAAGGAGUGACACUUUAUGUAUCCAACUUUCAACGACCUCUUACAGAAAGGCUUCAGAAGGACUUCUUUUCCGAUCCAAGUUCGGCAGCAGUAGGUUGUGCCAAAACUGGGCCUGUCCAAGUUGCCGACAAUAUUGUUGUCGGGAAGGAGGGAGAGGAGGUCUUCAAAGAAUCCAAAUCGCUACUCUUCAAAUCCCUCCGGGUCCAACGAAUCUAUGACAAGGAAAAGAACACCGUGGUAUAUGUUUCUUUCAAUACUCGACUCGACAAAAAUGAUGAUAGCAACAAAUCGAGGUUUAAGAGCUCUAUAUGUGCCGUCGGCUUGGAGGAGGUUGGAAGCAAUGCUGUCGCGUCGGCUCAGGCAGCAGCGGCGGUGGCGGCUCCAUAGUUCCAGCCAUGAGAGCAAUCCUCGUGCCUCUCUUUACCGCCUAGCUAGCCAGUCAUCCAAGCACAAACACACCAAUCUACUUUCCUAGCGAGCUGCUAGACAGUGCGAAGUAAAAUCCAGUCCUUCCUCGUCUCCGGUAGCUACAAGCAAAAAUAAAAGUUGAUUACGAUGUUUC